AUAGACUUUAGUAUAUUGUCUUGCCCCAAUAUCAUUCGGAUAUUGAGAAAUCGUUCCAAAAUGCCGCAAGUACAUAUCUAGUUGCAAAAAGAUUUCAAGCCAACUCAUACAAAAAUAUUGUUAAAUAAAUAAAAAGCUAGACUGAUUUUUUAAGAUCCAAUGGUUUGGUCGAGUAAAAUCCAAAACGUAGUGUGUAGAGAAUAAUGAUGUGGAAAUUGAUAGUAGGGGAGGAAACAAAAACAGGUAGACACAAAAACAUUAUCAAGAAAUUGAAAAGACAUGCAAAACAAAGCAACGACAAAGGCAUCUAGGAGCAAAAAGCUAAGUACUCUUAGGUCUAUUUUGCAAUAUACACCUAAGUUGACCUAAAAAGAUAAAUAAAGAAGAAACGAGAUCAAAAAGGGUAAUUUUAACAGAUAACUACAAAAUUAGGAGUAGUGUGCAUUUUUUUAACAAUGUAAGAUUUUACCUUUUUUAUUAAAAAAACACUUAAUACUACAAUAGUAAAACGAUCGAAUACAUUGUAUACUACCCAUAAGCUCAUCACCCAAUUCCUAUACUAUGGAGUGAAGAAAUAGAAUCCUAAAAACAAUUAUCAUGAUGUCCUAGUCCCUGUAAAUACAUACAUACUAUAGUCUUGUGUUAAGAGAAUUAUAACCACUCUAGCUCUUGAAACCAAGGCUAUAUUAAACGAUUCACGAUAUAACAUUUUAAAUACUGUGCCGUCUAAGCACCACCCCAAGGUCCCCAACACAUGCAGCUUCCAUAUUUUCCAAUUAUUCAACAAAGACAGAAACAACUACUUAUUACUUUAUUAGCUAAAGCACUUGAGUUUUUUUUUGAAAAAAGGACUUGAAAUGUUUAUCUUAGACCAUCUCAAAUGUAUUUUGCUAUUUUUACCUUUAAAAUAGAAAUUUUUUAUGAUAGAGAUAAAAUUUACUCAAAUGUAUUCCCCUAUAAUUGUGACCAAAAAAAAGUAUUCCCCUAUAAUAAUAAUCUUCAAAAUAAAGAAUAAAAAAAUUAGAGAUUGUUAUUUCUUUCCCUAUAAAUAGAGAAAAAAUAGCAAUUUCUAUUUCAAAGAAAUAUUUGGAGGGGAAAAAAUAACAAUGUGUUGGAGAUACUUUUAGAACUAUCCCCUUGUUAUUGCAUAAAUGAAUAUUUAGAAAUUGACACUUCUCUCAAGUGGUGGGUUGGGCUUUUUCAACGGUGGCCCGCAUUGAGAAAAAAAGCGCCAAACACUGAAUUUCCAGCGACGAUACCAGUAAGUUGUAAGGGAAAGAUAAAUCCUCUGUCUGUGUAGGAUGAGAGAGGCCUUAGUCUUAUCGAGGGGAUUUCGUCCAUCAUUCUAGGCAUGAACUUCUUGUCUUCCAAAACCAGGCUCCACGGUUUUCGUGAUAUGGGUUAGAAUCCUAUAACAUUUGUUCAAGGGAAAUAUAUCUAUUCAAAAAUCUUCAAUAAAUAAAUAAAAUUUGGCACAAUAUUUGAAAGAUCCCACAAAUCAGUGCACAACAAUUAUGACUGACACAACUACUGGACUCAAAUAUAUAAGAUCUAUUUCAAGAAAACAUCUAGAUGAAAACAUUGAGAACCGGAUACUCAUAAUCAUGCAUGUUUAAGAAAACUAUAAUAGUACACAAUACUGUUUCUUACGUUAAGUAUCAAGUUUAAAAUAAAAAAAAUAAUUAAAGGGUUCGUGCAUGGAUUCACUUAAAUUAUUUGUCUCUUUUACUAUCCCAAAGACUUUUAAUUAACAAAAGAUAAAUUUAGCACUUUUCUAAAUUAAAAACACACAGAGAUAUUUAUACUUUACUUUUGAAAAUAACUAAAUUUCUUUUAUGAUAUAUAAAAAAAGUUGAAGACUGACUCUAAAAUCCUAGAUUCCUUUAUCAAGAAAUCAGGAAUUUAAAAUUGGUGAGAUUAAGAACUUGAAAAUCUUAUGCUAUAAUUGGAUAUUACAUCCUAAAAUUAUGUUGUUUUAAAAAGAUAUUUCCAAAAUAAAUUGAUAAGUUAUAGUAAAAAGUCUAUAAAUAUAUGUCUGACUGCAUACAGUCAACCAAUUUAUACACGUUUUAUUAAUAACACUUUGACCAGAAAAAAAAUAGUUUACACUAUAUUAGUAUAAUUGUUUGGAGAAUAGAGGUCAAACGGUUUCAAAACGUAAAUGUAUAGUUUUGUGGCCUGUUAUCAUUAUUACUGACCAAGAGUAAGAGAGAAGAAUGCAAUCGUCUAAUGAAAAAGCCUCUAAACUUUUGAGUUUUCUUUUGAUUAUAGUAUUUGUUAACCAUGUAUUUUGCGACGGAAAUGGAACCAUCUCCGAUUUGAAUCUCACAGUUAGCAUAUCUCCGCAUCCAUUACCUGUAGAGACAAGCUUCAAGAUUCCUUCUCCAUUACCUGUAGAGACAAGUUUCAAGUUUCCUUCUCCGUUGCCUGUUAUCCCUCCGGGUGGUGAGAAAAACUUCGGGAAUGGAAAGAUAGAUCUUGGAGGUCUUGAGGUGAUCCAAGUCUCCAUCUCAGAGUCAACGUCACAGAGGGUAUGGAGAGCAUUCGAGGGAGGGCCCGACAACAUGGGAGUCAGCAUCUUUGAACCCAUCAAUCUUCCUGCUGGUUUCUUCACACUUGGUUUCUAUGCACAACCCAACAACCGUAUGCUUUUCGGUUGGGUUCUUGUUGCAAAAGACGUAUCCGGGAAUAACUUGAGACCACCAGUUGACUACAUGGAACUCGGUAACACUACCUCAGUCGUCGUCAAGCAAGAGGGGCCAGCAUAUUUUUGGCAGCCUUUAUGUCCCAACGGGUAUGGAGCGGUUGGCGUGUUUGUCACUACUUCUCCGGUGAAGCCAUCUUUAAGACAAGAAACAAUAAGCUGUGUCAGAUCGGAUCAUACGGAACAGAUGAGCGAAGCCGAUGCAUGGGUAUGGGGGAUAGAAGGAGUUACUGUUUCUAGUUUGAGACCUGCAAACAGAGGAACAGAGGCAGCUGGUGUGUACACAGGGACAUUCAGCUUUCAGCAACUAAAUUUUCCUCUUCCGUCUUUGUCCUGCCUGAGAAAUACAAAAUUUGACUUGUCUAGCAUGCCAAGCCAAGAUCAGACUAGAGAUUUAUUUCGAGCCUAUUCUCCUUUGAUUUAUUUUCAUCCGAAUGAGGAGUUCCUUCCUUCCUCUGUCGAUUGGGUUUUCUCCAACGGUGCCUUGUUAUACCAGAAAGGUAACGAAUCUAACCCCGUCCCGGUUCAACCCAACGGUUCAAACCUUCCUCAAGGCGGCUCGGACGAUGGCUUAUACUGGAUGGAUUAUCCAGCCGAUGAGAGUGCCAGGGAAAGGGUUAAGAGGGGAGACUUAGGAAACACAAAAGUGUAUCUACACAUCAAGCCAAUGUUUGGAGGCACUUUCACUGACAUUGUCGUCUGGAUAUUCCUUCCUUUCAACGGCAAUGCCCACCUCAAGAUUUUAUUCAUGAAGAGCCUCUCCCUAGGGAAUGUCGGUGAACAUAUUGGAGAUUGGGAACACGUUACCUUGCGGAUCAGCAACUUCAACGGCGAAUUGUGGCGUGUCUACUUCUCUGAGCACAGUGGAGGAAGUCUAGUGGAGGCAUGCGAUCUAGAGUUCCAAGGUGGAAACAAGCCUGUGGCUUACGCGUCUUUUCACGGACACGCAAUGUUCUCAAGACCCGGACUCGUGUUGCAAGGCCAAGACGGGAACGGCAUAAGGAAUGACAUGGCGAGAAGUGACAAGUUCUUUGAUACUAGUACUGGUUAUGAGGUGAUUGCAGGACAAGGAAUCGUGGAGCCACCGUGGCUAAAUUAUUUUAGGAAAUGGGGACCAACCGUCCAACAUGACCUUGAAAAGACCAUUGACGGUUUUGCCAAGACAUUGCCCGGAUUUUUGCGUAAGAAAUUCCGUGAGCUCACUGACAAAAUACCACACGAAGUCCUUGAAGAAGAGGGUCCCACUGGACCCAAAGUCAAACAGUCUUGGAACGCUGAUGAAUAAUAUUCAUUCACUCAUUCCUGUCUCGGAUCCUCAUAUUUAAUUAAACUAAAAUAAAUAAACAAACUACAUUGGCUA